AAGAAACGUCUGGCAACGCAUGCAAAAUGGCGCUCUGACGCGGUCAAGGUAGCGGCGCAACACCCGUGUCAGCACGGAAAACUUCACCGACAGUAGGAGUUCGAGGAAGUAACAGAGUUCCCGAACGACCGGCCAUGUUUAGCCGGCUGUACAACGUUGUGCGGCAGCACAAGAAGAAAAUAUUCUUCAGCGUCGGCCUAGUCGGAGGCGCCUACCUUCUGAACCGGUAUCUGCACCGAAAACUCCGCGACUGGGAAACGAAACAGACUCAGAGCUACAUCGAUCAAAUCAAACACCAGCACCACUUCGAAAAUAUUCUACAGACGUCGGACAACACGAUCCUGACUCUCUUGGAAAAGGUCAGAGAGCCGCUACUCACCAUACUCGAGACGGACAGCCUGCUCGAGAAGCUCAAGACGCGACCUGCGAACAGGGUCGAACUUUGGGAGGAAAUCAAGGUGCGCAUUCUCACCUUCGCGCUGGCAAGCGUGUACGCGGAAAGUCUGCUCGCCUCGCUGGUUCGCGUGCAGCUUGGCGUUGUCGGUGGCUACGUGUUCGUGAACUCGCAGCGCGCGCAGCAAAAUUCUGGAGGCGUCCUGCCGGCGCUCACCAACCAAGACAUCCAUCAGCGCUACUUGUCUCAGGUCCAGCACUUCUUUGAGAACGGCCUGCACGAGCUCGUGCGCGUUGUCAGGGACGCGGUCGUGGCCGCCUUCGGUCACAUCAGCCUCAAGGAGCGCGUCGGCCCCGCCGACUUCGCUGUGGGUUUCGAUUUCGUCAAGAAGCACAUAUCGCGAGACUCCAAGAAGCCACUUCCGGGCUUCCUUCGCUUGCUUCUGCCGCCUCUCGAGGUCGAAGGCGAUACGGACGACGUCAGGGUGCUCAACGUGAUGAUCCUCGAGACAAGGGACAUCCUCGAGACCGACGACUUCGCCAAGGUUCUGGGAAUGUGCAUCGACCUGGGGAUUACGAGCCUCACGAACGAUGUCGAGGCGUGCUUCCAAAAUAUGCGAGCCGCGGACGAAGAAAAUGCCGGUGGUGACCGAGCUGCAUGUUCCGCCGCCUCGUCGUCGGCGGUGUCAACGGGCUUUCCCAUGGCAAAACUUCUGCCCGUGCUUAGGAACAGCCUCGUAUCCGGCAGGCAGCAAGGCUUCCUCAGAACCGUGCUCCAGGCAGAGCUGCUUCGUAGCAUGAUCGCCAACGUGUACGAGGCCUUCUGUCAGACAGAAGACGCGGAUAGGAUAAACCACAACCUGACACCAUUGUCAUGAUUAUGAGAUGGCGGCAUAAAUUUCGUGCUAUGGGAUUUUUGACAGCGGGAUGACAGACAGGUGUAAGCGUUUGCGAAUGCUCGGUUUGUAGUUUGCGGUGCAUUAAGUCGCUCCAAAAAACAACAUACCAAACACUAUCGACAGUUGUGCAUGCAGUGUCUCUCAUCACGUCAUUCCAAACACCUGUGUGUGAAUUUAGAUGUGACAUUGUCAUUUCGGUGUGCUCGCCAGUUUUCACAUUGUUAUAAAUGUUCAAAGAUACCGAAAACUACUGAAAUUGACUGCCUUUUUCAUGAUAACUUCGAGGCAUGGUCUUUUCAGUGUAUGUAUUUGUGAAUCUUGGUGGAAUGUCACUUGCCAUAAGUGUGGGAAAAUUCAGAGAACCACAGGAAAUUACCAUUGUAAAUAACUCACUAACAUGUUCUAUCUUGGGUGCAUUUUGUCCUGUCAUUUCACCUUAGCAGCUCAGCACACUCAUUGGCUGCAUUUUGUAGCUGUUGUCCUCAUUCAUUGCAAAAAAAAAAAAAAGAAGAAGAAAUUCAGGUCUAUGAUGUCUCUUGCAUUCUGUGGUUCUUACUGUGCAUUUGUGCAGCAGCAUGUGUUCUACAUCCCUUUGUUAAUGUGCAUGUGGUGAAGUGUAAAACAUUGAAAGAACAAAUGGGGAUUGCCGAGUUUUGUGGUUAUCUUGCAUUGUUUGAAUCAAUGCUUGUGAUAAAAAAUGGAAAUGUCUAAGUAUAACCUGUGCUUAUCUGACCAAGCAGGUGUAGCCCUCGUGUAAACCAGGCAUGACCUAAUAUCCUUGGGCCAUUUGUAUUUUGUUCAAUGUUAGCUCACAAAUGCACUCAUUAUGUUCUUGAUGCAGUUGUGCUUUUUUACGUUAACUAAUCAACAUUGCAGAAGAUCGAAUGGGGCAAACCAGUGUUUUUAACUGAAGUGCUCACAUGAACACAUAGUUAUGCUUGCAUUUACUGGUGGAGGUCUAUGUUUUAUGUAUUCUGAGCACCUGUAUAGGUCUUAUAACUUAUUAAUGGGACACUUUGUCUUGUGAAUAGCAAACAUUCAGUGGUGAAAUUGGUAAUUAUAGUUAUAGUGCUUGCAAAAGGAGAUGUGAAAUGUAACAUUUUUUUACCCUACCACAAGUUCUAUAUCAGAUGGUUCACUUUUAUGGUGGGCUGUGUUUCUUGCCAUAUAGAGUAUGAAAAGUUGAUGACUGAAAAAAAAAAAAAAAAUUGCAUGAAUGUCUACAUUGGCAAGUUCAUAUACAUAAAUUCAAAGCUUGUAAAGUCUAGUUAAUUUUAUAAAUUCUGUCUCUACAAGCCUUUGCACUGCAAUCAAGGUGACAACUUGUGCUAAGAGGCACAGUCACACUUGCAUGUUUUCGUUCUGCUCAAGUUGCAAGCUUACUUUGCAGGUAUGUUGCAUGUGAGCAUUCCAACACCUCAUUAAAUUAUUUACCUACUUUAAUAUUGCCCAGCCAUGCACGCAAAACCAUGUCUACCAACUGGCCCAGCAAUAGAAGUGUGCAAUAAAACCUAUUCCUAUGCUUUGGUUCCCAAAA